AUGCCCUCGCAGUCGCUUACAGGUCACAAGCGCCGGAUCUCCGACGAGUCGGUGCUACAGCGGACUCCACUUCGCCGCCGCGUUCAACAUCGCCAAGACAACCAAGUGCAAAACAUUUACGGAAAUGGAGAUGCGAAACGUGAAAACUACAACGGAAAAAGGAAACCUGACACCUUUCUUCUCAGCAGUCCAACGGAUGUGUCAGACGCCACAGUGAUGCAACAAAUUCGCGCUAAGCAGGCCAAAGCCAGUGGCCUGCCGAACCUUUCGCUCUUGCCUCCUGCAGAAUCAGUCGUGACAAAAGUCGACCCAAUGGCAAAAGAGGAAGCCUCAGAGCUGGAAGAAGAAGCUGAAGCUGGGGCCUUGACACCUCGUCCCACAGUGUAUCGACGCAUGGCUCCGCGUCCUCCGUUAAGUCAUCGACGAACUUAUGGGCUGAACCGAGCGAGAUUCGGCGUGGGCAUCGUCCGAUGUCGCAACCGCAAGCUCAACGACGAAGACACUGAGACCGAGGACAAAAGCCCGAAAUCUUCGCCACUAAGAGAACACUCCAGCAGUGUAAAGGCUUCGAAGUUGUUGAUGGAAGCGAGAUACUGGAAAACCAAGUUGGCGCGUUAG